AUGCCCUUCGAUCACAAAAAUGCACCCAGCUUGCGCUUCACCAACAUGGAAAUCCAGCCUUACGAAAAUAAGGGAGGUCAAAAAAAUAACAUAAUUCCCCUGAAAGAGAAACCCCAGUCGAAGCUGAAGCUGAAGGAUAAGCAUCAGUUGACACCACACCUGUGCACCCAGUCGGAUACGGAGAAACGCCUGCUGGAACGUAAUCACCCCCGUAUCUACCCCUUUGACUCCUGGGCCCGCAUCAAAUGGAGCGCCUACGCACUGCCUACCUCGCCCACAGAGAUCCACCAGGUGUCGCUCACACACGCCGUCUACACGGAUCCUCUGCCAGGUCGACUGCCCCCGCUCAUCUACAAGUAG